GAAGAUUCUCGUCUCAUCAUGGAGAGCGACGCCGCUUCCGAGUUACGGAAGCGCAAACGCGAGGAAUACGAGAUGCAGCUGUUCGGAUUCCAUUCUCGAGUCGUAUACGCGACUAUCGAGAAUAUUGUGAUAGAAAGGAUACAGUCUAGGAGCAGAAAAUUGUGUGAAACAUUGGAAAAAAAGUGUAAAUCAGACUCUGAUUUGGCCACGCUAAAGGCAAACGAGGAAAAACUUGUAAAGGCGUACCAUGCAGCUUCUGUACCUCAUUUGAAAAACAUAGAGAAUAUUGUGAGAAAAUUUGUUACUGUACCCGACAAUGUUUUGGCGAAUGAGGAUAAACUUCAAGAGACACAGUACACAGAAGUGGAGUUUGAGAAUAUACGUGGAAAAUUGGAAGAAUUCCAGCAGAGAGCAAGACGAGCAGCUGUGUUGAACGCGACAUUGAAGGAGGAAUUACAGCUCAUAGAACAAUUUUCGAUCUGUGCGGAUAAUAGUGAUAGGCUGAGUCAUAUAAUUGAAAGCGGCAUUGCAUGCCCAGAUAUCAGUGACAAAAUUCAUGAAUUAGUCAGUUAUUAUGAACAAUUCAGGACGUACCUCGGUGAUCGAGCACCUGUCUCGCAAAAGUCGCUCUACAAUAUGAAAGAUGAUACCAAAUAUACAGACUGCGAUAUGGAUACCAUAUAAUUGUACAGAAAAGAAG